AUGUCAGGGAUGGACGUCUUGGGUUUGAUGUCAAACCCCAGCAUACACAACAAAGUGUCCCAUGCGCACCCCUACGCCUCGGCGAUCUCCUCUUCCGCUUCUUCCUCCUCUUCCUCCGUCUUCUCUCUCGAUGGCCUCUCCUCCCAGGGCUCCAUCUCUUCCGUCUCCACGAAUCCGGUCGAUGUGAUCUGGGAGAAUGAGGGGGAAAUGGCGGCUGCCCAGUGCCCUCGUGGUGCUGUACCUGCCAAUGUGGCCAAACUGGCAGAGCCUACGGUCGCACCCGAAUUGCGCAAGCAUCCUCGGCGCACCAAUAGCUUUGUCGUCCAAGCUAACGGCACCCUCAGUGCGCGUCCUCCGCCCUGUCUGCUCCGUCAGUCGGACCGGAAGGUCAGCUUUGUUGACAACCUCGUCGACACCGCCUCUCAGAUUGUCGAAAUCAUUUGGCCCUUGUCCGCCGUUGCCAUGCGCAGCGAUUCCGCCACGGGCUGCAAGGGCAUCCUGCCGCUUCGCACAUUCAUCCAGGAGACGCUCCGCCGAUCGCGCACGAGCUAUAGCACCUUGCAGGUGGCUUUGUACUACCUGAUCAAGAUCAAGCCUCACGUUCCCAACCAGGACUUUACUAGGGAACAGCGGCGCGAGAAGCCCCUUGGCCGUGCGAUGCAGUGUGGUCGGCGCAUGUUCCUGGCUGCCCUGAUUCUGGCAUCCAAGUACCUGCAGGACCGUAACUACUCCGCUCGUGCAUGGAGCAAGAUCUCCGGCCUGAACACGCUUGAGAUCAAUCAGAAUGAGCUGAUGUUCCUCGAGGCCAUCGAUUGGCGCCUGCACAUGCCCGACGCUCUCUUCCAGCGCUGGACUGAGAUCGUCCUCCGCUUCACCCCGGGCGCCGGCGGCGCUCCCCUCGCCGAGGGCCACUGCUGGCGUACCAUUCUCCCGCGUCUGACCCCGGAGCUAGAUACCCUGGAUCUUUUCCUCCCUUCGAUGAGCCCGGUGGCUGGUCCGAGCAGCAGCUUCGAUGUUGGUUUGAUGGCUGAUACGCCGUCGCCCCGUAGCAGCAGUAGCAGCGAUGCUGCUCCCAGUCCCGUCUCGUGCGAACAGACAAUGCCCGCUGGCGGCCCCCGCGCUUUUCCUCCGAUGCCUUCCCUUGUUCGGCCAGGAAUGCUCCCGACGCCGCAGCUGACGCCGCGGUCGGUCCUCACCACGACUCCUGCAGUGAGUCUUGGCGGGUUUCCUCCGCGUGGGACCUCGAUCGGUGCCGCCAUGUCGCAGGCGCAGAGUCUCUCUCUGUCGCGGUCAACGCUCGACCAACGGCCGCCGCCGUCGCUCACCUCGUGUCCCAAGGCGGGGCCCUCCUCCUCCUUCGAGGGCUACUACCCCACCAUGGUUCGCCGGUCCUCCUUGGCUCGGUCAACCUCAUCGGCCUCCUCGCCGGAGUCAAUGGUGUCCGACGUGUCCACCCUAUCCUCGCGCUCGUCGCGCUCGUCGCGCUCGUCGUCCAUCUCGUCAACGGCCUCGGGCAACUGUGCGCCUGUACCGCCGCGUCUGGCGGUCCAGGCCACCCGGCGAUGCGCUAACGCCUCCAUCAAGGAGGCCCGCAAGCCGCUCGCCAUUGCCUCUCCCAUUGACGAGACCUCGCUGGGCGAGGUGUACCACUCUCCUGGUGACUAUACGGGUCCGGUCGGCCCUGUUCCAGACCUCUCCCACUUCUCUCUGGGCACACCCGUGGAUCUGACCCCCUCGGCGCAUGAGGCCGCCAAGAGCUUGUGUGAGCUCUCGGCUGCUGCCUCCACCACCGACGUGCGGAGAUGCCGGAAACGUGGUCGCACCGGGUCCGACGACCUGCUGUUGCAGCAUCAUGUCCGGCAUUUGAUCCAGCUACAUGCGAAUCGCGACAGCGCCGUUCUUCCUGACGGCUCACUGCCUGCCUCGUUCCUGAUGUCCGAACCGCAUCAGCCGCAAGCCGCCGUGUCGGCGCACUCCCUGAACCCGAUCCGGCUGCCUCCAGUCCCUCUGUCUGGACCGAUUGGUAUGAAGCGCGCAUGCUGCGGCAGCGAAGCUCGCCAGAUCGCACUACACUCGGGACUGCGGCCUGGCUUCAUGAAUUAG